AUGAAAGGUAAAAUACCUCUAGGCCGAGCUAGGCUACACCACGGUGUUAUUGGUCGAGCUGGGCCAAACCACGGUGUUAGUGGUCGAGUUGGGCUAGACCACGGUGUUAGUGGUCGGGCUGGGCUCGAGCCUGGUCACCAUAUAUUUUUCCACCCAGACCCAUGUAUGAGUUUGAUUUACUUGGUGUUCACUCAAAGGACUUCUAAUCCCAAGGAAGUUGGGAUGUUUCGGGAUCACCAAGACGCCAAUCUAAAUGGAGUCCUAGUCCGAGGAGGAUUAGGUUGUUCUGGAGUCCUAGUUCGAGGAGAGCUGGUUUGCUCUAGAGUCCCACUCCGAGAAGGAUUAGGUCGUCUGGGAGAGCUGGCAAAUGGGUUGUUUUUGCGAGUUACGGGUCGUGUUCGUGUCAACCCGUUAUCUUAA